AUGACCAAUAUUCUGUCUACUUGGACUUUAACUGGAUUAAUGGUAGUAAAUAUUUUGACUCUUGGUUGUGUCAGAUGCGUUGUGAAUUGGAAUGGAAAUAAUUGGGCCAUGUCCUGUGAUUUUCGUGGAAAUGAUCUGUCUCACGUUCAAACUGCACCAGAAUUUUGUGGUGGAAAGUGUACUCAAACUCAAGGAUGUACUCACUUUACAUGGACUCAAUAUAGCGGUGGAACUUGUUGGAUGAAAUCGGGCGCAGUUUCCAAAAGCGACGCGCUCUCAACCAGUGAUCCAACUAUGGUCUGUGGUGUAACGAAUGGUGAUCAACAAAGUGGCAUCCAGUGGAACGGAAAUAACUGGGCCAUGUCCUGUGAUUUUCGUGGAAAUGAUCUGUCUCACGUUCAAACUGCACCAGAAUUUUGUAGUGGAAAGUGUGCUCAAACUCAAGGGUGUACUCACUUUACAUGGACUCAAUAUAGCGGUGGCACUUGUUGGAUGAAAUCGGGUGCAGUUUCCAAAAAUGAUGCGCUCUCAACCAGUGAUCCAACUAUGGUCUGUGGUGUAACGAAUGGUGAUCCUAUUGGACCGCCCAUAUCUAAUGUCAGAAAGCGAGGUAUUGCCUGGCCACCUGAAAACACGCAAGAUUCACCGAAUAUUUUUUCCGGUGGAAAAAUCUCCUGGACGUACAACUGGUCGCCCUACAAAGUCAACAUGGCUGGCGCAGAAUUUGUUCCAAUGUUAUGGAGUACAAACAAAGGCCACGAUGGAAAUCAAUUUUACAAUCAAGCAAAAGGUGCGAAAGUCGUACUCGGUUUUAAUGAACCGGAGCGUGGUGAUCAAGCAAAUAUGAAUCCGAAGGAGGCAGCGAGUGCCUGGAAACAAUAUAUCGAGCCUCUCAGAGCUCAAGGUGCUCGACUCGGUUCACCAGCCAUUGCCUCGACUGAUCAAGGACUCAAUUGGAUGCGACAAUUUCUUGACGAAUUGAAUAAAGUUGGUGGACACAUUGAUUUUCUUGCUCUGCACUGGUAUGGUCGUGGUGUAGAUAACUUCAUUAAUUGGAUUACCAAAGUUCGUCAAGAUUCAGGUAAUAAAUAUCCAGUAUGGGUCACAGAAUUUGCAUGCACAUCUUGGAAUCCAAGUCAGCCAGUUUCUCAACAAGAAGUCAACGAAUUUAUGAGGCAGAGUAUUGCCAGAUUGGAUUCGUUGCAGUGGGUAGAACGCUAUGCAUGGUUUGGUGCACAACGACAACUAGAUGCUGCUCUUGGUUCGACUAAUUGUUUGAUUGCAUCUAAUGGACAAUUGUCUACGUUGGGUCAACAAUAUGUUCACAAUUUAUAA